AUGGCGGUAUCAGACGAUAGCCGAGACAAUUCUCCCAUGACCUACGAGCCCGUUGUUCCUGCGGAUCUCACUCGUGCUUCUUAUCACAGCGCAAUGGGUCCUUUACCACAGCAUACCGUGCGAGAGACUCGCAGCGGGUCUGAUACGAGCAAUGCCUCCCUCAAGAGUCCACGGACUGCUCGAUUCGCCGAGGCUACAUCGAUUCACUCUCCCAUCGGUCCCACAGACGCUGGACGAUCACCUUUCGCCGACCCUCCCAAGACUCAAGCAAAGGGAGAUGUCGGAGAUGUGGGAUUCGGCUACGUGACAGCAAACAACGCCGCCCUGCAUGCGGAUGACCAGGUGCCAAUGUCACCUUUCCGGCCUGACCUGAAGGUGCCACAGACGGCCAAGUCAUUGAACCCUCUCAGUCCUACUUUCCGCGAGGAGUACAUGCUUGAGAAGCAAGAAAAGAAAGCUGAAGUCGAAAAUGCCCGAGACCUGAGAAUCAAACUCCGCGUCCGGAUUGCCAAGGUCUUCCUGCGUUUCAUCAACUUCGGCUGCAGUCUGAUUGUGUUGGCAUUGCUAGCCGUGACAUUAACUGUCUUCAACGCAACCAAGCACCUGCCUACUCGUAACAGCCUUCCUGCCUGGGCAGAGGGUACCAACCCAUGGGCUCAGUACCUUCUUCUAGGCAUGGCCUGUGUUUCCUUAGUCGCCUGUCUAGUCGUGUUCUGGGCCUACCGAAAGGGCGGCCACGGACGUGCUGAGAAGGUCGCCGUCUACUACACUGGCUUCUCGAUCGCCUUCUUUGGCGUGAACCUGAUUAUGUGGAUCGUUGGCGCCGCAGUGUACCAGCACUCCAAAUCCACAGGAGAUAAUAAGGAUAUGUGGGGAUGGUCUUGCGCGCAGAACACCCGCGAGCAGAUCUACCACAACACUAUCGACUAUGCUCUCCUUUGCCGUCUACAAGACUGGGGCCUCGUCUGUGCCAUCAUCGAAAUCGUCCUCGAACUCCUCGUGAUCUUGAUCUACGUGGUAGUCUUCUAUCGCGUCUGGAGCAAGCGCAAGCUGAUGAAGUCCAUGGACACCCGCGACAACGCUCGUUCAGAUCUAUAUCUCGCCCAGCUGCGUCUGCAAUCCGCCCCGAACACCCCCGGCUUCGCAGGCUUUGCUUCCUACCCCGGGAAGUCUCCUUUCUACGCCGCCGGCCCCGUGGACCCCUACUCGUCCGCUGAGAAGGGCAUGGCUCAACCCCAAACUACUCAGUAUGCCUCACCACGUUCGCCUACCCGCCCUAUCCCAUCAUUCCAGCUCCAGCCACCUCCUAUCAAGGUCCAGCAGCCAAGCCCGCAGAGUGCCCAACAUGAGUUUACUCCUCCUACUCAUUACUCACCGUCGCCGCCUCCCCAAAACCAGCGCAAGAGUCCGCCUGUGAAUAGGAGUAGUAGCGCUCCCGGGGAGCCCACUUAUGAUGCUGUGCCGAUUCCUGGGGCUUAUCAGAGUCCUAUGGUGCCGGUAUUCCCGCCCCCUGUACGCAAAUAA